AAUUCGGAAAUGAAAGGCAAGACUAGGAGAAAUCGUAGAAGUAAAGAAAUACCACAAAAUCAAGAUGAUCCUGAUAUUGAAGUUCUGUUUUCGAAGAUUGUGAAUAAUGGAGUAGUCAGAACAUACCGUAGUCAGGUUGCAGCGCAGGGCGAAAAUCCUUCUCAAGUUCCAAUUUUUAAUUCAGGACCAAGACAAAACAACACGGGCCAAACAAAUGGUAAAAUAAUACGAUCCAUUAAAAUUAUGUAA